AGGGAAAAGAUAUCUCCAACGAGCAUUAAUCAUGUCUCCUUCCUCCUCCUCUCUCAAACCCUAGAGAAAAAAAACCAGACCCUAGGAAAAACCAAACCAAAACCGUUCUCGAUGUCUUUCAGAAGUAUAAUGGACGAGAUCGGGAGCAGAUCGAGGAGAGGCUUCGACGUUAAGCGCUCCGGCCUCGAUCGCAUCGCGGCCUGCGGUGCGUCGCCGACGAUCGAUGAUUCGGCGGCGGCGAUCGACGCUUUGAAGCAGAGUUGUUGGGCGAACAUGCCAACUGAGUUGCUGAGGGACGUGCUGAUGAGGAUCGAGGAGGCGGAGAGCUCGUGGCCGCCGAGGAAAGAUGUGGUUGCUUGCGCUGGGGUUUGUAGGAGCUGGAGGGAGAUCAUGAAGGAGAUUGUGAAGAUUCCCGAGGUUUCGGGGUUGAUUACGUUCCCGAUCUCUUUGAAGCAGCCGGGGCCGAGAGACUUCCCCCUUCAGUGCUUCAUAAAGAGGAACAGGACGAAUCAGACAUACCAUCUUUACCUCGGUCUAACUCAAGCAUUGACUGAUAAUGGCAAAUUUCUCCUGGCUGCUCGCAAAUGCCGAAGAACUACUUGUACAGACUAUCUUAUCUCACUAAAUGCAGAUGACAUGUCAAAGGGAAGUGGUACCUAUAUUGGAAAGUUAAGGUCAAACUUUUUAGGAACUAAGUUUACAGUCUAUGAUGCUCAGCCUCCUCACACUGGGGCAAUGUUUACAAAAAGUCGCUCUACUCGUCUAGUGAGUUCCAAACAAGUCUCCCCGAGAGCUCCAGCUGGGAACUACCAAGUUGCCCACAUUUCUUAUGAGUUAAAUGUCCUAGGUGCCAGGGGUCCUAGGAGAAUGCAGUGUGUUAUGGACUCUAUCCCGGCCUCCGCAAUUGAACCUGGAGGGACAGCACCUACCCAAGCUGAGUUCCUUAUCAACAGCCUUGAUUCCUUUUCAUCAAUGCCGUUCUUCAGAUCUAAGUCAUCUCGCAUGGAAAGCAUGUCGGGUGCUCUCGCUGGGCACAAAGAAGAAAAAUUAGUGUUGAAGAACAAGGCUCCAAGAUGGCAUGAGCAGCUACAGUGCUGGUGUUUGAAUUUUAGGGGAAGAGUAACAGUUGCGUCAGUGAAGAAUUUCCAGCUGGUGGCUUCAGAAGAAAAUGGAACAACUGGGCAGGAGCAUGAUAAGGUUAUUCUUCAGUUUGGAAAGGUUGGGAAGGACUUGUUUACAAUGGACUUUUGCUAUCCCAUAUCAGCUUUCCAGGCAUUUGCAAUCUGCCUCAGUUCUUUUGACACCAAAAUUGCUUCAGCCAAACGUCAAGGAAAUUUAAGAUGCCAAGCCAUCUGAAUAAAGAUUAGGGAGAAUGGGUAUCACAAUCACGGAUUGGCACGCUGGCAGUAGCUGCUUGCAUUGGUUGCUUGUUGCUUUUGUAUACUAUUUUCUUCAUUGAUGUACAUAACUUUUCUGAGUUUGUUCAGCCUAUGGCUUUGGCAUCUGUUAAGAAAGCUGAGUACAAUUUAAUUUAUAACACUGUUUUUUUCAAUCUGGCUUGAAAGAGGAAGGGAAAGGUUCCAUGUACACUGUUUUGCUGAAUGUAACAUGUUAUAAUUCUUAGUUGUUUUA